AUAUGCGAAACAAUUGACUAAAUAUUAAUAAAAAUAAUUUGCAAAACAAUUGAUUGAUUGAAUGUAUUGUUUGAUUUGAUUGUCUAUUGUGUGUUGAAAUGUCAACCCCUUCGACAUCACACGCGCGUCAACAGCACGUGUUAGGUCAGCCCAAUGACCUGUUAAAGGUUAUUGUGGUGAUCAACAAUAUACUGGCCAACAACGAUGACUGGCCACAAGUGGUCAGCAAAUUAGAGUUAAAGAGAUGGUUCAUCAAUAAAGUAACGGAAGUGUUUGAUGGCACCGGAGAGAAGGCCAUCGAUGAAUGCAUAGACAUUGCCAUCGAUUAUGGAUUCAUUAAAACUCAAAUGAAUGAGUCGACCAAACAAUUCAGAUAUCUCACCCGAAGUCAUGAAGAGUUGAAGACAACACAUGACUGGUUUUGUUUUGAUUGCGAUAUAUUGGUCGACAAGAGGUCUUCACUAUUCUUGAAAUGUCUUCUUUGCUUUCGUGUAUUUCAUCGAAAAUGUGUCAAUUAUGACGACAGCGCUGACUAUAUCUGUCCAUUCUGUAAGCGCAUCGAAGAAUGGGAAGCCGACGGAUGUGUUGGCAAACAAAAGGUAUCUCAAGAUCGAGUAAAUCGAUUGAUUGGAUUUUUGUUGAGUUUUGUUAAGUCGAAAAUGAAAAACAAAGUGAAAAAACUUGAUCUUAAUGUCAAUAACAACAGCAAACUAAUUAUGUUUAAGAAAAUGGAUUUAACAGUUAUGGCAAACAAAGCAAAUGAUAAUAAAUACAAGAGUCUCUCUAAACUGGAAGACGACUUCUUUAUAUUUAUGCACAAUCUUCACAUAACUUCUAUUGACUUUGAAAACACAGACAUUUACACAAACUUUGCUGAUUUGAGAGUCUAUUUGGUUAAAGAGUUGGAACAAAUGCGAUACUGUGUUGACUGUUAUGAAAGAUCUAACGAUAAGGAAUUGAGAGAAACUGAUCCGUUAUGGUUUUGCAUACCAUGUGUUCCGCCACAUAAAGUAGUAUUUGUUAAAUCAAAGGGUUUUCCAUUCUCUCCGGCGAAAGUGAUUAACAUAAAUGAAGAAAAGAGGACAUUAUCCGUGCGAUACUUUGAUAAAGAGUACCGAAGAGCUGAUAACGUUAAAGAGUCACAAAUUGAGUUAACAACUAAUAAAGCCAUUAGAGAUCAAUUAGAAAAUAACAAAAAUAUGAAUAAAUCACUUGAAUUGCUUAAAAAGUACGAAGAAUUGCAUAAAAAUGUAUUAAUUACUCAAAAUAUUUUUACAACUAUUUCGAAACCUGAAGUAAAUGAGUUGUCAGGUAUUGAAGAUUCUAUUGAGUCGGUUGUCAAACAAAGUGGUCGAAAACGAGGCCGAAAACCAAAACCUAAAUUAAAUAAACCAACAGUUAAUAGAAAUUGUUUUAAUUCUGAAAAAAAUAUUUUACAGAAAAAAUUUAUUGAUUUCAGCGAUUCGUCCAAUUCGUUAAGUCCUAAACAAUCACAAGUUAUGCCUUCAAGUCAUACACCAACACAAGUCAACUGUAGUGAUAACUCUUUACUUCAAACACCUGUAACAUCUGAUAAGAGAAGAUCUGGAAGAAUAAUUACUAAAAAGAUAGAUAAAGAAAACAUUAAGAAUGAAGAGAAAACUAUUGAACAAACUAAUGGAUCAAAUGAACAAAUGGAAAAUAAUAUCAAUUCAGAAAUAGAAAAUAAAAUUGAUGUCAUUGAAGAAGAAGAAGAAGACAUGGAAAUUGAUGUUAUAACCAAUAAUGUCACUGAAAUAGUUGAUCCCAAACCAGCUAUUGAUGAGAUAGAAACAGUUGAUUCAUCCGAAAUGAUUGUCCAUAAUUUGACUGCAAUUAAUUUGAACAAUAAUAUGUCACCAAAUGAAAUAAAAACAGAUGUCCAAUCAAACAGUCAACAAAAUAACGACGAACGCAUCGAUAAACUGCUUACAGAUUUUGACAAUUCUGGCGAAGAAUUUAAGACAAAGAUGACGGAUAUAAUGUCAAUGACGGAGGGAUCAGAUGAACGCAUAGAUCCCAAGACAUUGAAAGAAAAACUGAUUGUUUUGAACUAUUAUUGGGACAAACAAUUAGAGUUGUCAAAGAAGGUAAUCAAUGAUCUCAAAAGUCAAUUGAUUGACUCAAAGACUCGCGACUGGUGUGUCGUUUGUCGAAAGGAAGCUCUUUAUUAUUGCUGUCACAGAAAGUAUUGUUCAAAAGAGUGUCAAACCAAGGAUUGGAUAAUUCAUUACAAAUAUUGCGAUAAUUGAAAAUUAAUUAACU